GCCAUCUGAUCCACUCUUAUCAAUGAAGCAGCAGAUCAUGGCGGAUGGCCCCAGGUGUAAGAGGCGAAAACAAGCCAAUCCAAGAAGGAAAAACGUAUUGAACUAUGAGAAUGUAGUGGAAACGGGUUCGGAAACAGAUGAGGAAGACAAGCUCCAUAUCGCUGAAGACGACGGGAUCAUUAGCGCGCUGGACCAGGAACCCAGUCCUGCAAGUGUGCCCAACCAUGAGCCUUCCCCACAUGUGAGCCAAGCACUGAUGCCAAGAGAGGAGGAGGAAGAUGAGAUGAGGGAAAGCGGAGUUGAUCACCCCUGGCACAACAAUGAGAUCUUGCAAGCCUCUGUGGAUGGUUCGGAAGAAAUGAAGGAAGAGUAUGACACCAUGGGGCCUGAAGCUGCAAUUCAGACCACUGGAAACAACGGAACAGUUAAGAAUGCAAAUUGCACGUCGGACUUUGAGGAAUAUUUUGCUAAGAGGAAAGUGGAUGAAGGAGAUGGACACUCAGUCAGUAUAGCGGAGUACCUACAACGCAGUGAUACAGCCAUUAUUUACCCGGAAGCCCCCGAGGAACUGUCUCGUCUUGGCACUCCAGAGGCCAAUGGGCAAGAAGAAAAUGACCUGCCACCUGGAACUCCAGAUGCUUUUGCCCAACUGCUGACCUGCCCCUACUGUGACCGGGGCUACAAGCGCUUGACAUCACUGAAGGAGCACAUCAAGUACCGCCAUGAGAAGAACGAAGAGAACUUCCCUUGCCCUCUUUGCAACUACACAUUCGCUUACCGCACCCAGCUCGAGCGGCAUAUGGUGACGCACAAGCCAGGGACAGAUCAGCACCAAAUGCUGACCCAAGGAGCAGGCAAUCGUAAGUUCAAGUGCACAGAGUGUGGCAAGGCCUUCAAAUACAAGCACCAUCUGAAGGAACACCUGCGAAUCCACAGUGGUGAAAAGCCCUAUGAGUGUCCAAACUGCAAGAAGCGUUUCUCCCAUUCUGGCUCGUAUAGUUCACACAUCAGCAGCAAGAAAUGCAUUGGCUUAAUCUCUGUAAAUGGUCGGAUGAGAAACAAUAUCAAGACGGGUUCUUCUCCUAAUUCUGUAUCUUCUUCACCUACUAAUUCAGCCAUUACACAACUGAGAAACAAGCUGGAGAAUGGAAAACCACCUAGUAUGUCUGAGCAAUCAGGCUUACUGAAAAUCAAAACGGAACCACUAGAUUUCAAUGAAUAUAAAGUUCUGAUGGCAACCCAUGGGUUCACUGGUGCUAAUCCUUUCAUGAAUGGCAGGCUUGGUGCAACCAGCCCAAUAGGAGUUCAUACUUCCACGCAAAGUCCAAUGCAGCACUUAGGGGUAGGGCUGGAUGCAUCUUUACUUGGAUUCCCAGCAAUAGGCAGCAAUUUAAGUGAGGUGCAGAAAGUCCUUCAGAUUGUGGACAACACUGUUUCCAGGCAGAAAAUGGACUGCAGCGCUGAAGAAAUCUCCAAGCUGAAAGGUUACCACAUGAAGGACCCAUGUUCUCAACCUGAGGAACAAGGCGUUACUUCUCCUGGUAUUCCACCUGUGGGUCUUCCAGUAGUCAGUCAUAAUGGUGCCACUAAAAGUAUUAUUGACUACACAUUAGAAAAGGUCAAUGAAGCCAAAGCUUGUCUCCAGAGUUUAACUACAGACUCGAGGAGGCAGCUCAAUAACAUUAAGAAAGAAAAGCUACGCACCCUAAUAGAUCUGGUAACUGAAGACAAAAUGAUAGACAACCAUAAUAUACCUACUCCAUUUUCAUGCCAGUUCUGUAAAGAAAGCUUUCCUGGUCCCAUUCCCCUUCAUCAGCAUGAACGUUACCUGUGUAAGAUGAACGAAGAAAUCAAGGCAGUCCUCCAACCUCAUGAAAACAUGGCUCCUAGCAAACCAGGAGUGUUUGUCGAUAAGCAAGCUCUCCUCCUGUCAUCAGUACUUUCUGAGAAAGGAAUGACUAGCCCCAUCAAUCCAUACAAGGACCAUAUGUCUGUACUUAAAGCAUAUUUUGCUAUGAAUAUGGAACCCACCUCUGAUGAACUACUGAAAAUUUCCAUUGCCGUUGGCCUUCCUCAGGAAUUUGUGAAGGAAUGGUUCGAACAAAGAAAAGUCUACCAGUACUCAACUUCCAGGUCACCAUCGCUGGAAAGGAACAGUGCCAAGGUGGUGCUGGCUGCCACCAACAACACUCCCACUAAAGACUCUUUGUCAGCCAGAUCCCCUAUAAAGCCUGUGGACUCUAUAACAUCACCGUCUAUAGCUGAACUUCAUAAUAGCGUUACUAACUGUGAUACCCCUCUCAGGCUAACGAAACCUACUCACUUUACCAAUAUUAAACCAGUUGAUAAAUUGGACCACUCCAGGAGCAAUACUCCUUCUCCAUUAAAUCUUUCUUCUACAUCUUCUAAAAACUCCCAUAGUAGUUCUUACACUCCAAACAGUUUCUCCUCUGAGGAGCUUCAGGCUGAGCCUUUGGACUUGUCAUUACCAAAACAAAUG